AUGGCCUUCCUCUGGAUACUGUCCUGCCUUGCCUUCGCCGCCACGGCCUACGGGUGUGGAACCCCCGGCGUCCCCCCCGUCAUCACCGGCUACUCCCGCAUCGUGAACGGAGAGGAGGCCGUGCCCCACUCCUGGCCCUGGCAGGUUUCCCUCCAGGACUACACCGGCUUCCACUUCUGUGGUGGUUCCCUCAUCAACGAGAACUGGGUGGUGACCGCUGCUCACUGCAACGUCAGAACUUCUCACCGUGUGAUUCUGGGAGAACACGACCGCUCCUCAAACGACGAGGACAUCCAGACCAUGAGUGUCGGACAGGUCUUCAAACAUCCCAGAUACAACGGCUACACCAUCAACAACGACAUCACUCUGAUCAAGCUGGCCUCCCCCGCUCAGCUCAGCCUCAGGGUGGCGCCGGUGUGCAUGGCCGAGAGUGGCGACAACUUCCCUGGUGGCAUGAGGUGUGUGACCAGCGGCUGGGGCCUGACCCGCUACAACGCCCCCGACACCCCCGCCCUCCUGCAGCAGGCCGCCCUCCCCCUCCUCACUAACGAGCAGUGCAAAAGUUACUGGGGAAACAAGAUCAGUGACGUCAUGAUCUGUGCCGGGGCCUCAGGGGCCUCCUCCUGCAUGGGCGACUCUGGCGGCCCUCUGGUCUGUCAGAAGGACAACGCCUGGACUCUGGUGGGAAUCGUGUCCUGGGGCAGCGGCACCUGCACCCCCACGAGCCCCGGUGUCUACGCCCGCGUCACCGAGCUGCGUGCCUGGGUGGACCAGACCCUGGCCAGCAACUGA